AUGCUCGAGGACGGCAAUCACGCCAAACAGAGUAAUGAGAGCUCCUCUCAUCCAGCGAAGGAGGUAGUCCCAACCUCCGACGACGAGGAUAUCUACUUCAUUUCACAGUCGAGCGACAAGCUGAGCUCUAGCUCGAGCUCAGCACACGUUGCCCAGCACACCGCUCCAGCACCUAGUGAAGACGACGACGAGCCAGUUCUACCGCUUCGAGCGGAGCCACUAGUGCAAGCAGAUAGUCAGUCUGCUCAUGUCGCCGACGGAGGGCUGCAGAAGACAGCAACAAACAGCAUAUCAAUGACACAACAGACGCCGCCAAAUGACUCCACCUCAGAGCUAGAUUCAGCAUUGGUCUUGCCUUCAUCUCAGCCUACGAGUCCGAUAUGCCAAGGAGAUGCUGUUCAAGCACAGACUCUCAGCCCAGAAUCUGUUACACGGCUACUAGGCUCCCAGGAAAAAGACGAUAGAACCUUGGACUCGACAGAGCACGCGGACGUACGGCGGCCCGCUCCUGAGGGCUCAGGUCGCGGGAGCAUGACUGGUCGUGAAAACGGGCUGGACUUGGCCAAUGCUGCAGACGAUGAAAAUGACAUAACGAUCCGUCGGGAAGCAAGAACGGAUUCACCAACUCAGCGAAGCGAUCUGACCCUGCCUCUCACGCCAGACCGAGCUAGCUCACGACAGCAAACGCCCUCACUUUCACCUGUCCUCGCUGAUCCGGGCCCGUCACGCAGUCAGCCCAUCAGCAUCAGAGAGUCACCGCACCCACUCGAUGCCACAAACUUGUUGCCAAUGAACGAGCAAGACGAUGUCACUAAUCAUGUUCGAGAAGCUUCGCAAUCCAGUCAAAAUAACGUGACGAAACACACCACCAAUCUGGAACCGUUCGCAUCAUCAACGCCGCCGCUCCCGCCCCUUCGCAUUCCGAAUCGUGCUCCUGCGCCAGAGGCGCCACCAAUACAGUCACCACGCUCACCUCAAAGAACCUCAACUACAACUCAUCAAAAGAAUCAUGAUGAGCUGGUGGCCAGAACAGCAGCUGCUCAGCCUCCAACUCCACCGAGACGGCAACUUCGUGCUAGAAAAGCGGCCCAGCUCAACCCAUACACGCUCGAAGCCAUGCGCUACCAGCGAACAUUGAUCCGCAAUGACUGGCAAGAUGCAGUAGUCAGCCAGAGCGAAUGGCACCGACAGGAACGCAGAAGACUGGCGGAGGAAGCUACAAAGGCUCAGCGCGAAGUGCAAGGCGUCAACGGAUCUGAGGAGUCGCAAAACCAGUGGCUGGUGCCGAGUUCUGGUCCAAGCUCACAAGCUGACGCCGACGACAUGUCGGUGCCAUCUUCCCCACCAGCGCCUUCGAUACCGGAUGUCCUUGUCGAGAUUCCUGCCUUAGGCGAGGCAGAUCCCAGUCGUGCGCCAGCGAAUCACUCAAGAGUUCGUGCGUCACCACCAACGCCCUCGCAAAUCGGUACAUUACCAGAACUGUCAGAGAUGCUAGCUGGUCCCUCUAGGACUGGGCCCUUGCAAGCACGUAGCAAUCUCGGUAGACCUGGCCCUUCAACGCAUGCUACCUACAAAGGACCUCGCACCACGGCUCAGACACGGCAAGACGCACCAGCAUCGCAAGUAUCCAGUGCUCGAGAGUCGACCACGAAUGAGGAAGAGUCAGCACCGCUGCCUGCACCCGUACGUCGGAAGCACCCGUUGCGGGCCUUGAUAUCCUCGGACGAUGAUAAACCAGCUGCGGUGAACGAGCCAAGUUCGGUGCAUCCGGAAGCAGUCACUGUCGACUCGUCCGAAGACGAGCGGCCGGCCCCGACUUUGACCGCGCCUCGAGUGCGGCGUAGAAGCCGAUGGUCCGGAGACGGAUCGAGCAGCGACAGCACGGAUUACGAGCGGCGAUUCCGACAGCUCAAGAAGAUGAUGCCGGCCGGUAUGGCUCGCAAGCACAUUCGUGACUUGAGAGCGAUGCGGCAUGGUAAGGCGUACCAUUCUGAUGGACACGUCUCUUCUUCUUCCUCGGAUGCUCGCAAUGGCGGAAGACCGGGUUCUCGACCUCAAGUACGACCUGCAGAAACCGAACAGAUCUCCGGCGAUGAAUCCUUGCAGCCCGGUCAGACAAGGAAAAGACUUAGACGACACGACAGCCUUGAUGGCAAUGCUGCGCUCCUUAUCGAUCCCGAUUCUGAUUCAUCUUCAUCUUCGGCGUCGUCUCUGUCGUCAGAUGCUUCUAUGACGCUCACACGAACCAGCUUCGCCGAUACGAGCAUUGACAGGGAUCAUACUGCUCGGCAUGAUGAGGCGGAAGAAGUGGACGAAGCACCUCCUGCGUGGUGGUCAGUCAAUCGAUUGGACUCUUACGUUCCGUAUCGUGAAAGAGACGCCGUUGAUCGCAUGCUUAGCCGCACUGGUGGUCGCAAGCCCAGUAGUAAAACAACCGCCCGCAAGAUGACAGCGCUAUCUAGCCGCCGUCAAGCUCGACUGGACGGCUUCGUCGCUACCUAUCGUCAUCGUGAACGACAGAGCGAUUCUUCCCGAUCGCACCUUAUGGAACUCGAUCAGAACCAGCGGGGGCCACAUCGACCAUUGAUCACAGUCAACGAGAAAUAUAUCCAGCCAUGGUUAUCAAAAAGGAAGAAGAAGAAGAGGAAGUUGGACCCGAGAGUAGGGCGAACUAGUACAGCAGGGCCAAGGCACGGUCCGGUCAUAUUGCGCAAUCCUCCGGUGGUUCGCCCGCGUGUUCAACCGCGACUCGACCUCGAGCAUCACGAGGUCCUGUUCGCUCCGGAUCCUCACAGAGCUCUUGGCGCCCAUCGCAGUGAAGAAGAAGGGAAGAACGCCGGACACUUGUCAGACGACGACGAGCAAUGGCAGGACCUGGGCAGCAUUAUGAUGGACUCAACGCCAGUCGUUCUUUCCGACACGCGACUGGCUAUGCCUCGACCUCGUACAGCGGCGGCUUUGCAGCAGUAUCCUGAGCCAACACAUGUUCGUAGAGCAGCUGCAACACCAGCCCGUGCAUCGUACGCUUCUCCUUCUGCAUCUCUAGCUUCCGGUGGCCACGUUGGACUGAAUCAUCUGACCGACCACAGUCCAGGUACACCUACGCGACCAAGAUCGGAGGCAGUGUCGCACACCGCUACGCGCCCAAGAUUCGACCAGCUGCCCAGCGUAUCAAAGGCCGUCACGGUGGCGAAAGAGGGUGAAGUAUGGGAUGACUUCCAAGGCAUCAGCCUGGACUUUGGCAUCACAUCCUUGACUGGCAGCAUUGAUCUGAACGUGACGACCUCUGCACUGCUCACCCGACUUCCCGAGCUCAUCGCAUUGCCGGACCGACUCUUGCAUCGCCAGAUUAUACCUCGGACGUGGUCAGGAGACGUGCUUCGUCUGGAUGACACCGUCCUCUCCACCGACAUGGAUCACGAGAUGCUUUCUUCGAAGCUCCCUUUCUACAUGGACAAUCUGAGGCUUCACAUCAGUCGCUCAUUCGAUGCUGGAGGAAGCGAAGGUGAGCCUACCCCAAUACACCACACGAGGAAUCUCGUCGCGGACACUGGAGCUUUCCUUGGAUGCUGGCUUGUACGACAGGCUGAAGCAGUCGCAGAUGGGACAACCGAUGCAUCGUCUCUCUUGCGCAGCUAUCGAAUGAUUCUUGAAAGAGUCGAGCAGCUGCAAGCAUCAGUCCUUUCGCAGCAAGAUUCGAGUCGAGCGUCCAAGGCUUCUCGAGAAGAACGCAAACUGAUCUGCCUCCAUCUGACCUGGACCCGCUUUGAGCUUUGCUGGCGCGCAAUGGCUAUAUGCGAUGCUGAUGCGAACCACGCUUUAGAGCCGGACGCGCCAACAGUCGAGAGUCUGCUGGCCUACAGUCGGGCACUGAUGUCGAUCCUGCUACAUCAAGGACUUCACCGCUCAGUACGCAAUCUGCGCAAAGCAGCAUCGUCAAAUGCUCGCAGUGGAAUACCGCCCGCCGAGGCGAUGGACGUCGACGCAGAUACAGAGACUACAGUCUCAAUCGACGAGCCUACAUCGAUGUGGUUGGGUGUCAUCCAUAUUCUCGACUCCUUCGAAAAGAGUAGAGGUAUCGCUGACGGCCGACUCUUCUGGACGCAGUUCGAGGCAGCUUAUCACCGAUGGGACGCAUCGAUGCCGAAGCGAGCUCCUCUUCUUCGCUCUGAAAGUUUGUGGUACUGCCUGUUUGCCGUCACUACCCUUUCGCAAUUGUCGCCCAGCGGAGACGUCCAAGCAGCGCCACUUCUACGCGAGUGCUGGCCCUUAGUGACUCGAGCACUUCAUCUCGUGAAGUUUCGCUCCGAUGAAAGCAACGAGAUGGCAAUGGGCUGGCACAUGCUUGCGAAGCGUGAUGCCUACGUUAAGAUUGUGCUGCAAAGGUGUUGCUUGCUUGCGUCAGAAUUGCGAUGGACUAUGGAUGGCGCAGACAGCACGCUGGCACGCCUCUUUGACAUCUUCAAUAGUCAAAAGCUGGCGGACUUACCGACGGAGGCGGACCAUGACUUUCCUGCUUUUCUUCGAGACUUUGACGUCAAAAAGCUAGCUGUUGCUGACGCAGUGGAGGGCGAAGCAAUACAAGAUCCCAGCUUCCAUUUGUUCGUAAGACUGCUUGCCCAAGCAGGUCGGGAGCUGCGUGACUCUGCUAGUGACGCAAAGGAUGGUGAUCGCCGUGUCUCCCGACUGUUCUCACGAAUGACUCCAGUCCGUGUGAUGCCUUUUACGCGUAACGAUGUACCAACCAGUUCGCAGCGUUCCGUGCUGUUCAAUCACUACAGCGUCUUCAUGCUCUUCCUGCACCUUGUUCCCGCCUCUUCGCCGCAAAGGUUACGCCAGAUCCAAAGCUUCCUACCUGCCUUCAAGGACGCCGACUUCCUGAGUCAAGUCACAUACAUCAGAGCUAUGAUGUACGUUGCUGUUAUCUUCCGACACCACCAGCUCGACCUGACGCCUGUCACAAGAUGGUUUGGCGACACAAUCACGGUGCUUCGACGCGAAUACGAAGAGAUCGAAUCGACGACCAAGCAGUUCGAACGCCAGCAAAUGCAGCAAUCGCUUCAUCAAAAAGGGAGACAGCAACCACCACAACCGGAGUCGAUGCGAAUGGCAUCCAUCUUCGAGAACGCCCCGGCGCGACAGGCUGCGCUGCGAAGGAAGGAGGAGGUUGCGAGACUACUGGUUGUCGCGUUGCGUUCUAUCCAGCACGUCAUCAGGAACGACAACCUCGAUGGCGGAAGGACGAAUUCUGAAGGAAUGGAGGAAAGGCAGCCAGAUAUGCUGCUGCUGUCUUCAGCUUGGACACAACAGAUGCUGGAAGCGCAAAUCUCUUUGGAGCCACGCAUCGGCCAAGAAGUGCUCAAGUGCAUCCAGACUUUCCUGCUCGCUCGUAUUCGGGCUUUGCAGCCUGCAACAACCACACCAGCUACAAAUAGCGAAGAUGCAGUGCACUCUCGGGAUCAAGCUCAGCAGGCGGGAAACGAAGAGAGUCAGGACAGCUUUGCAGAGCUGUUCGAGGCAGACGACGACUUCGACUUUGAAGAUCCGAUGCUGGCUAAGCUGUUGGAUGGAGGCGAAGUCCGCCCUGCAACGGGAGGCGACCUGAGCAACGGCCCAGCGGAGACCGCGGCCGCUGAGAGGCGGAAGUGGGACCGCGAGUUUGGCUACCUCAUCAAGAACACCAUCUCACCAUCGCUGUUUCAGCUCCUUUCCAACGUCUACCAUCCUGACCGAAGGAUGGAAGCAGCAGCCACCGGCUCCGUGGUUAUGAGACUUGGAGUGACGGAACGCCUCACUGACCCUUCCUUCGACAUGCCUGGCGAAGCGUCACGCACUUCGGCAUCGCGCCGGAAGAUGGACCAGCUGGUGAAGGCCGCCGAAGCGCGACAGUUCCUUGAACUUGUGGUGGAUUGCUGGGCUGGCUGUGCUCAUGUCCUCGUUUCAAAUGGUCUCAGAGAAUGGAGUUCGUACCUCGGCUUCGGCAACGAGUCAUGGAAGCGAAUCGACGAUCCCAUUGGCAGACGAGACGUCGGCCUGCGUUUCCUCCAGAACGUGGUCAGUCUGGACCCAUCAGCCGUGGAGAGAAAGGAGUACGAGGUGGAGUUGAUAGCAGUCUGGAUCCAGACCGCGGUCGCUCGUGUGUUGUCCGUGCAGGAUGUGUACACGAUGUCACUGAUUCAGGCCGCAAGUCAAGCUCAGGGUAAGGCUCCACUACUGUCGGCCUUGGCUGAACCGUGGACUGCUGUCCUCCGCAGCGGAAUGGAGGCCAACAGUGAUACUCUGUUCGAGAGCGGACACACACCGCCAGCAUUCGACCUCGACACAUUCACCUCGCAGCGUCAAGCACUCCUAAGUAGCUGUUUCGACUGGCUCUCUUCCUCGCUCGCAGCCGGAACAGCAAGCAUCGGCACCGCAUACUCCAUCCUGUCCGCUCUAUUGUCUUCGCUCCGAGCAUACAUCGAAGACACACCAGCUUCCGAAGCUGGAGGGAACAGGGAAUACCUCCUGUUUUGCGAGACAGUCUUGUCAGAUCUGGAAAGCAAGCUUCGCGAUGCGUCAGUGCUCAAUUCCUUGCGGAGCGAGUUUGAUGCUGCAACUCAACUUGUCAAGAAUCGAUUGUCGGCCAUCAACGCAUCCGCCACGGAGGCCCAUCUCUGA